AUGAGAAAUCAGACCUCAGUGACCGAGUUCAUCCUCCUAGGGCUGACGGACAAUCCAGACUGGAAGAUUGUCAUCUUCCUAUUCAUGCUACUCAGUUACCUGUUGAGCAUCACUGGGAACCUGACCAUUCUCACCCUCACCCUACUGGACUCCCACCUCCACACUCCAAUGUACUUCUUCCUCCAGAAUUUCUCCUUCCUAGAAAUUUCAUAUACGUCGGUCACAAUUCCCAAACUGCUGGUGGCUAUUUCAACCGGGGACAGGACCAUUUCCUAUAAUGCUUGUGCCAUUCAGUUGUUCUUUUACAUCCUGCUGGGGGCGGCGGAGUUUUUCCUCCUGGCCGCCAUGUCCUACGACCGCUAUGUAGCCAUCUGCCGGCCCCUACACUACUUGACCAUCAUGAGCCAGAACGUCUGCACUUUGCUGGUCCUCUGCUCCUGGCUGAUCAGCUUCCUGAUCAUCUUUCCAGGCCUCAUCCUGGGUCUCCAGCUGGACUUCUGUGACUCCAACGUCAUCAACCAUUUCACCUGUGACACUGCUCCCAUGCUGGAAAUCUCAUGCACUGACACGCAAUUAUUUGAGAAGAUGAAUUUUAUAUUAGCAGUGGGGACACUCCUGGUCACUCUGGCACUAGUCGCCGUGUCCUACACGGCCAUCACCCGCACCAUCCUGAGACUGCCUUCCACCCAGCAAAGAAAAAAAGCCUUUUCCACCUGCUCCUCCCACAUGAUCGUCAUCUUCCUCUCUUACGGCAGCUGCAUAUUCAUGUACAUCAAGCCAUCCCCCAAGGAAGGUUUAGACUUCAACAAGAGGGUGGCAGUGCUAAACACUUCCGUGGCCCCCAUGCUGAACCCCUUUAUCUACACUCUACGAAACCAGCAGGUGAAGCAGGCCAUCAAGGACGUAGCCAAGAGGAUGAUUUUCUUUAAGAAGAAAUAA